AUGCACGAUCUUCUUGUAAAUGUAUGGACACCAGAUGCUGAUUUUGUGUUUCCAGCAACGGAAAUCAACAAAAAGAUUUUGAGAUUUCAAUUUUCGUGGUUGCAAAAGUAUCCUUGGUUAAUAUACUCAGCCGUUGAAGAUGGUGCCUAUUGUCGAGUUUGCAUUUUAUUCGCGCAAAAGAUAGUUGGAAAAGGAAAGCAUGAACGUUUCAAUUCGUUAGUGCAACCUUGUGUCAAAGAUUGGAAGAGAGCUUUAGAAAGAUUUAAAGACCACCAAACUAAGAGAUAUCGCUUGGACGCCUCCGAUGAUGCACAGAAUUUCAAGCUAAUAUAUGAAAACAAGAGAAAUGACUUCAUUAUUGAGAUCGACCAGAGCCGAAAAUGGCUGCAAAUAGAAAAUAGACGAAAGCUUACUUCAAUCAUUCGCGCGGUCUUAUUCUGCUGCAGACAAGGAUUGGCACAGCGAGGACGUCGAGAUGAUGGCCCUUUACCACUGGAUAUACCAGAAGAGAAUGACGGGAAUUUCAGGGCACUUUGGCGUUUCGCUGUGGAUAUUGGAGAUUUAGCACUGCAAGAACAUUUAAAGGUAGCGGGUAGUAAUGCAACAUAUCUGAGCCAUACAGUUCAAAACGAGAUCAUCGAUGCUGGAGCGGAAAUCAUCACUAGAGACUGUAAAAGGCCUGCCUGA